AGUCCUCCCCGCCCCGGUGCCCCCUCCCCAGGACGCCGCGGGGGCCAUGGCCGCGGGCUCGGAACUUUGAACACUUCUCCCCUGACCGGAGCAGAUGCGCAAAGCCCAGAAAGGCCGGCUCCGCCAUGGACUGUAGCUGCGUCUCCGACCUUCUCUUCGCCCCGCCCGCCCUGCCGGCUCUCUGGACCCCCGGCUUCGCCUUCCCCGACUGGGCCUACAAGCCGGAGUCGUCCCCGGGCUCGCGGCAGAUCCAGCUGUGGCACUUUAUCCUGGAGCUGCUGCAGAAGGAGGAGUACCAGGGCGUCAUCGCCUGGCAGGGGGACUACGGGGAAUUCGUCAUCAAGGACCCGGACGAGGUGGCUCGGCUCUGGGGCAUCCGCAAGUGCAAGCCCCACAUGAACUAUGACAAGCUGAGCCGGGCCCUGCGUUAUUACUACAACAAGCGGAUUCUCCACAAGACCAAAGGAAAGAGGUUCACCUACAAGUUCAACUUCAGCAAAGUCGUGCUGGUCAAUUACCCUCUGCUGGACGUGGCGGCGGCUGCCACCGGCUCCCCACUCUUGCUGACCCCUGGUCCCUUUGGGGCCCCUGGGCCAGAUGCUCCUCCCCUUACCCCUGAGACCCUGCAGACACUGUUCUCUGGCCCACGCCUCGGAGAGCCGGGGGCUCGGACACCCCUGUUCACUCCUGAGAUGGACAAACUGCGCCUGGACAGCCCUUUCCCAUUCCUGGGCUCUGGUGCCACCGGCUAUUCCAAGCCUCCUGGCCUGCUGGGUCCCUACGGCCGCACCUUCCCAGAGUACCCCUGGAACUUUAACCCAUACCUCACUGGCCCCUUCCCCAAGCUGCCCCCCUCUCUCUACCCCCCACACUUCUACCCCAACCCUCUGGCCAGUUCCCUGGGCCACCUGCCCUCGACAGGGGCAGGGGGAGGCCCCCCAGCUGCACCCCUGUUGGCUGCAACGAUGGCUGAAGGCCUGGGCUCUGAGCGCUCCUCGGGGCUGGCGGCAGCCCCCCGCCUGGCGCUGCCGGGAGCUGGGGGUCCGGAGGCUGCGCUGGGUGGGAAGGAGGAUAGUGACUCGGAGCUGGAGAUCACUGACGUCAGCGGCUGCAGCUCUGACAGUGAGGGUGACGAGGGCCUCCUGGUACCCCCCAAGGCCAAGGUGGGCAAAGGGGGUCCCGGCAGCUGAGCAGUCGAAGAGUGACGGGUUCUGCCGGGGCGGGGACCUGACAGCCACAGGUGCAGCCUCUUCCCGCCGCCGGAUCUGCAGUCACUGGCCCCGGGCCGGAUCCAACCCUCAGCACCCUCCCAAGGACAGGGACAUCACUGUCCCACCUCCUCCUUCCCCAGACCCCAACAGGGGUCUCACCUCCCCCUCCGUGGUGGUGGGGGAGGGAACAUGACAGCCCCCGGCCUCCUUCCCAGGCUCCAGUUUGAGGGGGGGUCCCCGCCUGGCCCCGCUCCCAAAGUGCAAUACGGCGCCCGCCCCCCCCGCCCACCCCCGUGCUGUGACCCCCGUGCUCAUGUGGCGCUUCUCCAACCCCCCCCCCCGUGCCGGCCCGGCCCCCUCCCCCUCCCCACGCGGCCCCCCUGGGGACAGGGAGCUCAGAGCAAUAACCCCGCCCCCAGCCCCGCCCAGGAUGGGC